AUGACGUCGACUGGGGGAGGCAUGGGACAUGUGAACAAUAUGGGCGGGCUUGCGGCCUGCGCGGGACCCGACGCUAAGCCAAUGCAGUUUCCUCUUGCCCAGAGGAGAAAAAGAAGGGUGCUCUUUACACAAGCACAGGUGUAUGAAUUGGAGAGGCGGUUUAAGCAGCAGAAGUACCUGUCAGCCCCCGAGAGGGAACAUCUAGCCUCACUUAUACACCUCACACCCACACAGGUCAAAAUAUGGUUUCAAAACCAUCGCUAUAAGUGCAAACGGCAGGCGAAGGAGAAAGCUAUGGCAGAACAAAACCAACACAAUCAGUCAUCGUCAUCACCGCGGCGAGUGGCUGUUCCCGUUCUGGUGAAGGACGGGAAACCAUGCGGGUCCGGUGAGUCAUCGUCCCCCGCGCACAGUCACUGUGCGACCCCCACGUCGGGGUACUCCGCCCCCCAAUCCUCGCAAGCUGCCUGCAGCAAUCCCCUUGUAUCCUCCUACCGGCAGCCUACGGCGUACCAGCAGCAGUGCUCGGGCUACCUUCCACUGCAAGGCAGGGCCUGGUAG